CUUUCUUACUCACUCCUGCCCCUUCCCGCUCUCUUCUACAACCCUUCUAUGCGCUUUACUUUCCACAGACAGCCAUGCCACCAGUGAGAAAAACCGCUAAACUAUCAAAAACUAGUUUCAACCAACUCCUUGAGAGAGAAACAAAAGCUUUUAGUGAGAAGGAUCGCUCAUUGCUGAUUUAUCAACAGAAACGGCUACAGUCAUGCCUGCAGCUUCUGGACGAGGGUAUUUCGUCUGCUAGUUUAUCUGAAACGCAGCGGUAUGGAAAAUUAAAAGUGCGGAAUUUUUUGAUGGAAUUCUUCAAUCAUUAUGAUGAUUGGGCCUUUUUACUCUGCGCUAUUGCCGCGAGUAUCUUCAGGAUACAAAAGAUUCCAGGUGACGGAAUGUUGGGCGUAUACCAGUGGUUUGAAAACGCUCUAAAAUAUCCUAACGGCCUUUUGUCAAAGCUGCAGAGGUCUGUGAUGAAACCUUCAAGUGCAAGUAUUGCCCAGGUUUGUUGGAAAAUGCAUUAUACAGAUUCAGUUCUGACACUUAAUAGAUAGUCUACAUGGAAAUCAUUCCACGAAUCAAGCUCUUACCACGGACACAGAAAACCAUUCCACGAACCAAGCU